AUGGCCAGCACGAAAUUAUCGACUAGUAUGGGACUAGCUUCUCUACGGGGGAAAGGCGUCGAAGUCCACGUCGGCAGCCAACCACCAUCUGAUGAGAACACAUGGACUCUUCCUGUCAAACUGAUCUCACAGCACUCCGAAUACUUCAAAGCCGCAUGCCUAUGGAACAUGACUGGUAAGAUCUCUCUGCCAGAACAAGACCCCAUUGUUUUCGGGUUAUUCGUGGAAUGGAUCUAUUACGAAACCUACGAAUCAAUUACAUUUGAGCCAAGUCCAAGCAUCCAUGCGAAGUGCUGGGUGCUCGCCGACUAUCUUCUAUGCGACGAACUCAAGGACUACGCAAUGUGUGGUCUGUUCGACGACCACGCAGAGAGAGGCAUGUUGUUCGGAAGUACAGCAAUAAGCUGUAAGGAUGUGCAAUAUGUGUGCAGCUCCACGGCUCCGGACUCGAAUUUGAGGCAGUUCUAUAUGGACUUUGUUGUAGACCACUUUACCGAUAAGGGGAUGCUACGUGGAAACACUGCAGAAUGGGACGAAAUUCUACAGAAUGACCCACAAGCUCGUUUAAAGCUGCUCGAGAAGAUGAGAUCGCCUUCGGUAUCUUAUACCAAGAGUCUGGAAGACUACCAGACGGUCAAUGAACCCCAGGGCGACUCUCGUCUUAGGAUGGAUGUAGGGCUCGCUGGGUUAUCUAUCGCAGAGAAGAAAACAGAUAUUGCAACAACGGAACAUACGAGCAAUGACGAACUCAGUCAGGCGAGUAAUGGCCUUUGGAAACAACCAUAA